GCAGGGAAGAGGUGGCACCAGGAAUGCUUUCGGACUGUUGAAACGCACAAGCUUGGACUAAGCCUUAAUAUUUCGAGCAGGUCUCUUAGGUCUGAAGGUUUUCUCAUAAUGAAGUGCUCUCUUGGACUUUUUCUAUUGGUCUGUUGUGUGACUCUUAGCUUGGGCUCGUCUCUUCGAUGCUACAGGUGUGAGGAUUACACUGGGGGACGAUGUGAAGUGCAGGAAGUUUGUUCUUAUGAGGAUGCAUGUUUAUAUCUUCAUGAGAAAGGUGGGAAGACCAUUCGCCGGUGCAUUCGUCACACUGACUGUGAUAACUCUCGUCUGUCCCAGCAGUUUCCGUCUAUAUAUGAAUAUACUUACAGGUGCUGCAACAGCGACCUGUGUAACAGUGGACCAGCGACCGCAGCAAGCAUGUGGAUCUUAUCUCUGCUGGCAGUGCCCAUCAGCCUCUGGUCCUGCUGCAUCACUGCAUGAUUUCUCAGUAGUGUCCUCGAAAAGCUAUUUCUUGCCAUACCAUUUAUGGAUAUCUAUAUAUUUACAAUGUACCAUUAUUUGUGAUCAUUUGGUUUUAACUAACCACUCGUAUAUAAAAAAGCACUGCUUGUUGUAAACAAUUUUUAUUCUAAUACCAUUGACAUUUUCAUUUUUAUUUAAAAAAAAUUUAUUUCUAUUUUGGCUGAUAUUUGAAAAGAACGCAGAAAAAUAUUUGAAAUU